AUGUUUGGCGCAGGUCUAUCUAGAGAAGCUAACGCCCUAGAAAAUACGAAUAAAAUUUGCGAUCAAGCGUUUCAAAACUAUAUGAAGUUAUCGAAGAAGAGUCCAUAUAGAGGGAUACAUUCAGCUUUGAGCGAGCUGGCCGUGGCUCGUCGUGAUUUCGAGCGUGAAGCUUGCGUUCACUAUGGUCAUCUGAAUGAGGCCGGCUAUCUGCGUGAGAUCGCCCCAAUGCUAUCCAUUUCCCUGCUUCUCGAUUCACAGACACAGCAUGUGCAGGCGUUGAAUCAGGUAUUCGGGGGAACUUUGGCCACCUAUUUGACCGCGGCUCAAGCCGGUCUGAGACGACGAGUCCAAACUCAGGAAGAUAAUGCGCUACUAUUUCGCAGUCAUGUAAACAAUUUGGAAUUCGAACCACUGUCAAAGUUCUGUCCAGAACCACGUCUACUAGAUUCAGACCUCAACGCUGAAUUGUCCAUUCAGUCACCGACUCCNCCAAACUUCAGUCCAAAGCCGGUCGGUUGUUAUUGCGCUCACGAACGGCCAUAUUAUCACGCUGGAUUGAAGUCUACUGUUUCACUCAGUCCGGCAAUCUCAUGUCCCAGCAGUAUGGCGAGGUGUCUCGGAGCCAGUUUGCUCAUUGAUCUCAAUCAGAAGGGAGUGUAUGCCGAGGUCGCGGAUUGUGAUGAUCGUCGUAAUGUGUUUCAGAUUGUCUCACCCACCGAACACAACGCGGUUGAGAAAUCUGCACAGAUGCGUAUCGAACCAUUAGACUUUUUGACAACGAUCGGGGCUGCCCAUAUGAAAAUUGUGACCGGAUCCAGGAUGCCGGAUUUCUCCAAACGCUGGAGUUCUCGUUCGACCAGGGGUAAUGCAGCGUAUGAUACUGUAUGUUCGGGUCAGAAGACCGGGGUUGCGUUUGGGAGAAGUUCCAACGAUGCUUGGGCACAAUUGCAGAGGCCAAGGGCAACGUGGCGGGACAUCUCGGUGCUCUCCGAACUGGACAAUACAGAGUUGCACACAGAACUGAUGGGCACGUCCAGUAGCCCCAAUGGUUCCAGCCAAUCAAUACCGAUUAGGUUGAGGUGGGUUUGUGUCACAAAGCAGUCUCCGACGAUAGAUUUUUCAUUGAAAAUGACGGUACAGGCUACUCUACCGAGUAGUUGCAGGGAUCCACCGCAGACACUGGUGGCGGUUUCAGUUGUCGGAUGGAGAGUAGGACGACCCAAAAACUGCCGUAGACGACGAGAGAUGAUGGUUAUGUCGGACACCGUGUCGAUUUGGAGGCGGACCGGAUGGUUUUUGAUGUACACAGACAAAUCGUCGAUGGGAGGCUGCGUCUACUUUGAACGUGACGAGUAG